UUGGGAAAGGGAGAGGAGGAGGGAGGCCCAGUAGAGAGUCGUCGUUCUGUGCCUUGAACAUAAUGCAGCUCGAGAUCGAUUUUGACAGCUACAGAUAAAUUCACGUCCAGGCCAAGCGAAGAACCUUUUGCAAAAAAGCUUCAUUAGAUACCGGGCUCUUAAGAGGUAAAGCAGGCAGAGCGCAGCGAGGCGUCUGUCGCUGCCGCCAUGCCGUUCCCAUUUGGGAAGUCUCACAAAUCUCCAGCAGACAUUGUGAAGAACCUGAAGGAGAGCAUGGCCGUUCUGGAAAAGCAAGACAUUUCUGACAAAAAAGCAGAAAAGGCCACAGAAGAAGUUUCCAAAAAUCUGGUUGCCAUGAAAGAAAUCCUGUAUGGCACGAAUGAAAAAGAGCCGCAGACGGAAGCAGUGGCACAGCUCGCUCAGGAACUAUAUAACAGUGGGCUCCUGAGCACACUGGUAGCUGAUUUACAGCUCAUUGACUUUGAGGGCAAAAAAGACGUGGCUCAAAUUUUCAACAAUAUUCUCAGAAGACAAAUUGGUACAAGAACUCCUACUGUCGAAUAUAUCUGCACUCAACAGAAUAUUUUGUUCAUGUUAUUGAAAGGGUAUGAAUCUCCAGAAAUAGCUCUAAAUUGUGGAAUAAUGUUGAGAGAAUGCAUCAGACAUGAACCACUUGCAAAAAUCAUUUUGUGGUCAGAACAAUUUUAUGAUUUCUUCAGAUAUGUCGAAAUGUCAACAUUUGACAUAGCUUCAGAUGCAUUUGCCACAUUCAAGGAUUUACUUACAAGACAUAAAUUGCUCAGUGCAGAAUUUUUGGAGCAACAUUAUGAUAAAUUCUUCAGUGAAUAUGAGAAGUUACUUCAUUCAGAAAAUUACGUGACGAAAAGACAGUCACUCAAGCUUCUCGGUGAACUACUCUUAGAUAGACACAACUUCACAAUUAUGACAAAAUACAUCAGUAAACCAGAGAACCUCAAAUUAAUGAUGAAUCUCCUACGAGACAAGAGUCGUAACAUCCAGUUUGAGGCCUUCCACGUUUUUAAGGUGUUUGUAGCCAACCCCAACAAGACGCAGCCCAUCCUAGACAUCCUCCUCAAGAACCAGACCAAACUUAUAGAGUUCCUCAGCAAGUUCCAGAAUGACAGGACCGAGGAUGAACAAUUUAACGAUGAGAAGACCUAUUUAGUGAAACAGAUCAGGGAUUUGAAGAGACCAGCUCAGCAAGAAGCCUAAUUUCCAAUCAACAUCUAAAAUAUUAAAUCCAAAUUCAGCAUUUGCUGUUAGCUAUUCAGCAUCAGGCGCUCUUAGCGGUUCAUGAGGAACUUUACUGCUAUCCUGCUGUUAAGUGAACGGUUUUUCAUUUUACCUUUUUUGUUUUUUUUUUUUUUUAGUCCGAGUUGGAGAACGUAGCUGCUGCUUUCUUGCACACUAGAGCUCACGUGGACUUUCUCUUGAUCUUUGUGUCGUUUCAGAGUUCAAGGACUCUGUUCGCUGUAGGAGUUCUGAACGUGGCUAGGUUCCUGAAGGCAGAUGUGUAGAUGGUGGUGUGGUUUAGGGAAGAAGGGGAUUGCUGUUAUCAGAUUAAGCCUGCGUGUUUGCAUUGAUUUCUGUUAAAGAUCCAAGCGUGGAUUCAUGGGAAGGUUAUCCGCCUUCGCUAAAGGAAGAUGGAGCAGAGCUGUAUUUGGAAUCAGAGGGCAACUGUAUCCAAGAUAUGAGCUUUUUGGGUGGAUAAAGUUGACGUGCAAAUAAAUUGAUAGCAACUUCUCAAAGGUGUGAAGCUUCAUAAGGUCAUAAGGAAAAAUGUAUAUAUGCUUUUCACAGCUUUCUAGAAUUUUUUGACAUUUGAUUUUCUUGAGACUUGUAAACCUGGAUAUGUUGAAGGGUAUUUGUUAAUUUUACUUUUUGGAAGGUAUUUUAAACCAGUAGAGCUAACAGUGACACCUUGCAUUUCAUUUCAACAAUGCUUACAGGUUUCUUUUGUAUAUAAUUCUUAGAAUGCUCAUUUCUUUUAAAUGAUUUAAUUUGUACAGCAGAGGAAUGUUACUGUAUUAGUAUGUAACUAUUACCUAAUAUUGAGUUUUUGCAAAAAAAAAAUGAAUGCUCAUAUGUAAUUGAAAUACUUCCGAUCACAUGAAAAUGCUGAUUUAACAUUUAAGUAUCACAGCAUUAAAAGAAAAAAUGGAAACCAAUCCUUUGUAUUCAGUUACCUACUGGGGAGCCGCCAGUCCGGCUACGUAUUCCUGCGCAAUGUUGGCCUUAUUCAUUUAAAUGAGUUGUGAGUUUUGCCAGAUAUGGAUGAUCCCGAUUAUGCUAAAUUACUGCUGAUUCUCCGUGUGUGGGGGAAGCCUCUGUAGAGCACCUUUUCCUUCUUAGACUAAGUAAUCCAGUACAAUAGUUGUGAAACUGAAUAAUUAAAACUUUGGCUUCUCUUAGGAAAAGAAGAGUCCCUAGUCCUAGGUGUCCUAUGGGGAAAUUUAUUUUUUUUAAUGUCCUGUUCCUUAAUGCUGCAAAUGAUCAGUAUUUAUGAAGUAACUGAUUUUGCACCACUUUUUGUUACUGUGACCACAGCAGAACAACGUCUCCUAGAACAUAUCUGUGUAAAGUUACUAGAAUGGUCUCUGUUCAUCUUAGUGAUACAAAGAUCACAACUAACAACAAAUCAGAGUUUGCCAGUUCAAAUUCAGCAUGGCUGUAGCUGAUUAAGAAAUUUAUAUAAUUACUCUUUGCUAGCCUCUCUCACUAAUUGAAUUAUCAGCCAGCAAAAUGAGACUCCCAGUGGAUGUUUCAAGCGUGAGGUUUCCAGACCUCCUAGGAAUACCAGUGGGGAAAAUAGCUCCAGAAAACAUAGCUGUGUUUGUAUUCCAUCUCACUAAAAAGGCAGUCUACAUUACAAUUGGUUUUUCUGAGGCUGUCUUUUCCAAAAUCUGUGUAGAAUAAUUGACAUUUUUCUAUCGGAAGUACAGAAAGCGAUCCAAGCUCCUCAAAGUGAAAAUAUCCAAGAUGUUUAGGAAGGGAGCAGCGGACUUGACCGUGAUGCAGCCUUCUGGUUCUCGUGGUCUAGUGCUCCAUGUCUGGGUUUAGCGUGAAAACAUUAGUUUCACCAAGUGGACAAAAGGUUUCCUUGCCAGGCUCGAUCUUCGAACUUGAAACUAGAACCUAACUAGGCUUCCACUGGGGCGUUGGCUUCGCAGCACUAGCGCCUCCAUGUGGAAGGCAGUGAGGGUGCAGCCUGUCAAAACCCACACGCUGCUGUUGCACUGGGAUCUGGGCAGAGUUAAGACUCGUUUUGUUUUCUUUUUUCAACAAAAAUGUGAAAACAUUCAAAGUUGAAAAGUUGCAUUUGAAGUUAUCAUUUAAUAUAUUCAUAUUACCAAAACUGUAAUACUGGAAGUGGUUUCUUUUUGUGUUAUAAAGGUUUAAUUUUACAUAAGUCAGUUACAGUUACUCAAUGUGAUUUUUAACCCUUAAAAAUAAAAAAGGUGGAGAUGUAUACAAUUGUUAACAAUGCCAUGAAAGCAUUUCCUUUCUCCUGAGGAAACAAAUUUCUUAUCAGAAUAUCUGGCUGGCCCUGUAAUUUAAAUUAAAAUAAAAUUUUGGAGAAACAGCA